AUGUCCAUCCAUUUCUGCAAGCCCUUUUUGCUGAAUGCAGCCCUCAGACAGUCCCGCAUUUCUGACAAACUGUUUGGUGACAACAUUACAAAUAGCACUCGCCCAGACUACAGAGUAGAUGUCUAUGAUGGACCAACCAUCGCUUACAGUAAUGAAGUAGGCGAGAUAAAGACAGCUGGGGCAAGCCGAAACUUAAUAAAGAAAGAUAUCUGCCGCAUAGCGUUAUACGCAAAAGAACUUGUAGACAGAAGCAAUUUGGAAGCAGCAAUUGCCUUUCAGACUGUUGGCAAGUCAAUUGACCAAGUAUACACAGCACCUUCACAUUGUAAACAGAUUGGUGACUGGGGCUUAAAACGCAGCUUACCCACUGUCAUCCGCACGCCUUACUUGACAGUUCAACAACUUGAUACAGCCGAACAUCAAACACCAUGGCGAUCAGGCAGUUCUCAAGUAUUAUUUAUUAAACGCUGGAAAGAGAAUUUCCCUAAUUCAAAGAAACCAGCACCUCGAUCUGAUCAAGACAAGUACAACAUUGUAAAGAUGACCCCUGCCGAAUUUAAACGGUUCCUUCAACAAUGCGCCAAACGAGCACCCGAGUUCAGACAGCUACUAGAACAAAAAAAGAUGGUCCCCGAACAAGUAUUUGAUUACCUUCAGGUCGCAUUCAAAGAUAGUCCGGGCGAUGCUGUUGUGGGUCCCUUGUAUUCAGACUAUGAGCAGGCCGAACCUGUCGUCGUCCAGGGACGUAUUCUAAAUGCAGCAAAACGUAACGGUCAUGUCGUGGGUGUGGGUGGUAUCACUGCCUUGUUGCCAAAGCGUCAUACAGUCUACAUGCGUCAGUUGGGUGAUCGUCGGGUACGUACCUUUUAUGUUGAAGAAGCAUCGAUCGAUGAGGAAGGUAGACCGAGAGUAGUCCUGUCGGCUGCUCCUAAAGAUGCUCAUGCACAUGCUAUUACGAUCGAGGAAGUGGAUGAGACUGCAAAGGAGAUGUUCUUGACAAGUAGGCCACCAGCACAGAAAAUCAUGAGUGAUGAUCAUAUAGAGGCGAACCCAAAUCAUGACUUAAUCAUGCGUAGAAUUAUCAAUUUAAUGGGUAAUGCUGAAAAUGAUAAUAAAGAUUAA